AGUAACCAGAUUUCAUUAGAAUUAAAGUGUGCGCACACGGCCUAUGCGUUGAUUGUUUGAUGAAUUGAUCGAAGACAAAUAUUUGUGAUGCAACUUUAAAAAAUAUCUGGAAAAAAUGAGAAAAUCAGAUAGUGAGGACGAGGAUGACUAUAUUGAAGAGCAGAACACGGAUAAUGAGGAUGAAGAUGAAAGUGAGGAUGAGGGAAAUGAAGAAGCAUUAAAUGAGGAGGAAGAGUCUGAGGAAGAAUAUCCAGAUCCUGAUCCAGAGGAAGAAGAAGAGGAAGAGGAGGAAGAGGAAGAAGAUCUUUGUCUAAUAUCAGCAGUUAAUUCAUCCAGUAGCAUCAUGGGCGAAGCAUCCGGAAUUGAAAUCGAAGAUUCUCCGUCCAAAAGCCAGUUGCCAGAAAAUUUAAAUGGGGUAUAUAAGCCUCUCCAAACAACAUCUUGCAUCAUUCCUCCUGCAACAUCCUUAAUGGUGAAUCAGAAUUCGGUCCCAAAACUGCAUUUAGAAUCUCUUACAACAGUACCAGACAUUCCUGAUUCUGGUGAUAAAAUUAUGUUGGUCAAAGAAAAAUAUGGGAUUCUUCCUGCUGUUACAAAAGAUAAAAAUAAUAACUCGGGUACUGGAAAUACAUUAGUUGCAGCUCCGUUAUCAAAUAUUCCAUCAACUCUAACUUUACUUGAUAAUGAGCAGGGUGAGGCAGCUGGUACAGAAGGUGGGAAAGCAGAUGACGCGGUUUCUGUCACUUGUUCAAGCCCUUCAAAAAAGAAAAAAAAGAAAAAAAAAAGGUGGAUUGGAAUAUGCACUGCCAAUUGUAAAUAUGAGAGCGGUGAGUAA